UACCAGCUCAUAUAAAUAAAAGAGCGUGGAUGUUCAUAGCGCACUUAUGUCUGCACACGAGUGUUUGUCCAAUUGAAGUGCUUUUUAACAAGUGAAAUGCUCGGAAUCGUAAUUUUCUUGGCUUUGAUCUCUGCUUGCUCAGUACAAGGGGAGGAUAUUCUACCAAAGGCCAAUCACACAUUACCGAAAGACAUGUAUGUAGUUCGAGCAACGGUGUACCAAGUUGGAAUCCUUGUCAAUGGAACAUCUAAUGAAACUGAUAAAAACGCUACAGGCCGGCAAGAGUCCGUUACAUUCUACCACCUCAACGGUUCCAACCUCAAUCUCAAGGAUCUACCAACACCGCUGGUCACCAACGUGACGGCUGAAAAUGUGGUUGGUGUCGCGCCAACCAACACCACCGUCCCUUGGGAGGCUUUGAAGAACUUGGGGAUAAGGUUGCCGGCUAAAACUGAUCAUUCGACAAUCCGAUUCAAGAGAAGCCUUGUAAAAAUACCAGCUAACAUAACUAAGGCGUCUCUCGUCAUACCCGCGGAAGUCGGCGUGCAGUCUAUCUCGCUCCCACUUAUGUCCCUGAACAACAAUUUGUCGAGGAUACCUGUACCUAUACCGAAUGUAUCAGUUGUUAGCUAUACCAAAGCUAACACUGUUGUUCAUAAACCAUAGACAAAA